UAUAUUAUAUUUCUGGUUAAAGCUGAAUGAAAAGUCAUCAUGAAUCUGGAUGGGAUCAAAAAUCUUCAUCAUGGAAUCUGAGCAGUGAACCAGUAUGAACCAGUCUGUGUCACUUCUUCCAGCCAGUUUAUUGUCUGAUACUAAUAAUUAUUAAUUUGACGAUGACUGACUGUGAAAGUGUGUUUUUGGUUCCAGCUGCUGAUGAAUCUACAUUUAGUGGAGACGGAAGUCUGUUCCUUCGGAUCAUCUGGGACAUGAACAUCCGCCCGAGCAACGACAGUGUCCGUGUGUUUACUUCCAUCUAAAACUGGCUCCGUUCAACUCAACAAAUCACACCAGCGGAACCAUUUCACCUUGUUUCUGUGCACAGAUGUCUCUGCUAACGGGAUCAUCGCUAUCACAGGUCAUACAAGAACUUUUACUUAUUUUACCAGCCGAAAUGUGGAGAAAAGUCGCUGCGAGCCGCUGAAACUGACCGAGGAUAUGACAUGUUUGAAUCUUCCUGAAAGGAAGAGAAAAAGUCCUGGAAGCCAAACAUGAGCUGAGUCUGGAGGGACGAGGGAUUUCUUCCUGUUUCAGUUACACUCCUGUUGGAAAACAGUUGUUUUGUCGUGAAUUAGUGAUGAAAAGAUAGCGGAGAAAACACAAGUGUGUCCAGAUUUGAGGCAGCAGCAGAGCUGCGGAGCGUGUUGUCUCUCCACGGUUCUCAUGUGUGUUAUAAGUCCCGCCUCCUGCUUUGAGCUCGAGACGUUCAGACGAACAGCGCGAGGAAAACACAUAAACAUGGCAGAGGAAGCUCCAGCAGCAGCGCCGGCUAAAGCCCCGGCCAAAGCCCCGAAGAAGAAGACGGCUCCCCGGGCCAAGAAAGAUGGACCCAGCCUCCCUAAGCUCAUCGUUGCCGCUGUGGCAGAGUCCAAGGAGCGGAAGGGGAUGUCUCUGGCGGCACUCAAGAAGGUGCUGGCCGGGAAAGGUGUGGAUGUGAGCAAGGCUAACAAGCGCAUCAACACCGCCGUCACCAGCCUGGUAACUAAAGGCACCCUGAGCCAGACUAAAGGAACGGGAGCCUCCGGUUCCUUCAAGCUCGCCAAGAACGAGCCCAAAGCCGCCAAACCAGCCAAGAAGGUGGUGAAGAAGAAGGCUCCCGCCAAAGCCAAGAAGCCCGCCGCCGCCAAGAAGACCACGGCGGCCAAAAAACCAGCCGCUAAGAAGGCAGCAGUCAAGAAGUCCCCCAAGAAGGCUCCGGCCAAGAAAGCGGUGAAAAAGGUAGCAGCCAAGAAGAGUCCUAAGAAGCCCGCUGCUAAGAAGCCAAAGGCUGCAAAGAAGCCCGCAGUCAAGAAAGCUGCCGCAAAGAAGCCUGCAGCCAAGAAGGCCAAGAAGACGACCUAUUAAAAAUAAGCUUCACCCAGACUGUACUAUCUCCCUCAUCAGCCAGCAAGCCAGGAUUGUACUGUGUUCAAGAGACUGCAUGUGAAAUAGCCUUUUAACUAAAGUCUCCAUUUCGCUGGCGGACCAUCACUAUUUACCUCCCUGCUAUGAGCCAUGGACGAAGGAAAAACACUUACUUCCAGUAUCCCAGCCCCACUCACAACACAAAGAAUCAACACUAGCUUAUAGUUAGCAUCCCUCGACUGAGUAUGUAUGACUCCCUCCCUUCCUGCGAGCU